GGUUGGAGGUUAUUUUACACGUUAUGUUUCUCACAUGGAACAUGGUUGCUGUUCAUCAUCAACAGCCUGUACAGGCAGCAUUGAGCCCAGCUCGCUUUGACUCCUGUCUCCUGUAAAUACUCCACAGCCAACAGUAAGAUAGCACCACUCCUCCACUAGGUGGUGGUCAAGCACCACACUCACGCACCUCCAUUGUCCAUUGUCAGUUCACUGUAACUGACUGACCCAAGGCAUCGCUUGCACACGGCAGAUAAAACUUGAGUGUAUGAAUGCAGAAUUAAGUAGAAGUUACUUGUAAUCCUGCAGAGACGCCAGGUUUCCUCGGGUAUCAAACAAAACCUUCAGACGGAUCUCUGACCUCCGAGGUUUGAAAACGAAAGCUGCUGCUGCUGCUGUGACGGACACGAGGACACGAGGACACGGGAUCUUCCAGGCAGGGCUAGCAGCCGUUAGUACUUGGCAGCAGUUGCAGCGUGUGGCUGGAACCGUUUCCCACAUCGUGCAUCACCGGAUUCAGCAUGUCAGCCAAAGACACAGUGAGACGUAAUAAGACAACCAUCCAGACGACUCUGUGUGGAGACCACAGGCUUGUCCUCAACAAAGUUCAUGAGAACAACCUGAUAACUAGUCGUGAGUACAACAACCUUAAAAGCAUCAACAAAGAAGAUGUAGAGGGUCACGUCGUUGAGCUGGUGGAUAAGAUCAUGAACAAAGGAGAAGACAGCUGCCAAGCCUUCCUGAACCUUCUGCAAACUGAUGACGACAUUAAAACAACUUUCCCGGAGCUGAAGAACAUACAGCUGAAUGACCCCUGCCUUUUACCUAUGCCUGUCCAGGCUGCUUCAGUUGACGACAACAGUGAUGUUCUGCCACGAGACAACAAGAGGCGAAAGGAGGAUGAGCAGUAUGAGUUGAACAGCCAGCCUACCGGUCUCUGUGUGAUCAUAAACAACGAGUUUUUCAUGGAUAACACAUCAAGAAGCGGAACUGACAAAGAUGCUCAAAGUUUGGCGGAGGUCUUCAGCUGGCUUGGGUUCAGAGUGCUGAUGUGUAAAGACCAAACCAAAGACCAGAUGGAUCGCGCCCUGCAUUGCUUUGCUGCCCAGAGUGACCUCUCUCAGCUGCAGGAGUUCAGUGUUCAGGAGUGGUCUGGCAGCGGAUUCACUGAUCUCCAGGAGGCUCCUAAGCACGGCGAUGCCUUCAUCUGCUGUAUUCUCAGUCACGGACACAAGGGUGUCGUCUUUGGGAUUGAUGGGCAGCCCCUCCCCAUUAAACAAAUAACUAGAACUUUCAAGGCGACCGAUCAGUCACUCCUCACCGGGAAGCCCAAAGUGUUCCUGAUCCAGGCCUGCCAGGGAGGACUAAUGCAGCGAGGAGUGUUAUUAAAAGAUCUGCAGGUUGAUGAUGCUCCCUUACUGUCCAUCCCUGAGGAAGCUGAUGUUCUGGUCGCCAUUGCCACUGUUGAAGACCAUACGUCAAUUAGACACAAAACAUAUGGGAGUUGGUUUAUCCAGAGCAUAUGUCAGGCGCUGCGGGAAGGCUGUCCGAGGAGUGAAGACAUUACCACCAUCCUCCACCGAGUGAACGAUGAGGUAGCCCGUAAAGAGGGAAGCAGUCAACCUGGUAAAGCGAAGCAGAUACCUGAAGUGAGGUUCACCCUGAGGAAGACACUUGUGUUGGCCCCACAUUGCAACUGAAGCGUCAAUCACUAAAAAUGAUGCAAACACACACACGCUGUAUCUUUUAGUUAAGGAUGGAUAAUUAACUCAAGGGAAGGGUUUUCUUAAAACAUGCUCUUUUGUCUUUUUUAUCAUUAUAAAAUUUUAUAUUUUUAAAUCAUCUCACUGAAUUAUUGUCUUUUGUAUUGUCACUGAUUUGUAAUACAGAAUAAAUCUGUUUUUUGCUCCAA